AUGUUGUGCAAGACAGAUGAUUGUGCCGGCUGCGGCAUCAUAAUGAACAAUUUUGACAUUAACAAGGUUGGAAUCAACCGUCAAAAUCGUUCCUUUCAACGAUUGGGACAAGGCCUUUAUUUUACGCCCCACUCGUCGAAAGCACAUUUUUAUGGGCGUGGAGGGGCAAGGGCUUCACCAGUGGACCCUAAUCGAACAUGUCGAAUAAUGUUUAUGACAAAGGUCGUUCUUGGAAACAUGUGGAAACCUGACGAGGUUGCACAAAACGCUCGCGGUCCUCCAGAUGACUAUGAUUCUACAUGGGGUAGAGUUGGACACUGCCCACACGGAGGUGCGCAUUUAAACUAUGAAGAGUAUGCUGUCUAUUGGUAA